AUGACGGUCAGGUCGCCAGCCCAAGAUAUCCCCACGAGGGUUCUCGGGGUGAUUGCCACGGAGCUCCAAAUCCCUUUGAGUGAAUUAGACGACGAGGCUGAGUUUUCUGAGCUCGGUGUGGACGAUCUGGUAGCCCCUACCAUCAUAGCCAGGAUCGCGAAAGAAACCGCCCUCCGGCUCCCAGAGGAUGUUUUCCAGGAUUCCGAGACCGUGGGCGUGCUCCUAAAGUAUCUUGCGGCGCUCGCGCCGAGGCCACAGACACCGCCGCCCGAUCUGCCGGUGAAACCACGCUUCGACCCUCGGUCGCUCGGGGUUCUGAUCCGCAGGGGAGGCACCGUCGCCUUCAAAGCCGGCAACGUCCACCAACCCCGAAAUCUCUUUCUCCUCCCCGACGGCAGUGGCGCGGCUAUGGCCUAUGCUCGCCUCCCAGCCCUACCCAACACCACCCUCUACGCUCUCAACAGUCCCUUUCUUCAAGACACCGCUGGUUACACAUGCAGCAUUGAGCAACUCGCCGCGGUCUGGGUCGAUGCCAUUACCGCCAUCCAGCCCCGUGGACCUUAUAUGCUCGGCGGAUGGUCGGCCGGUGGAUACUACGCGUACGAGGUGAUGAAACACUUACAGCGGCGUGGCAAGAUUGUGGACCGGGUCGUGCUGGUGGAUUCGCCGUGUCGGACAAAUUAUGAAGCGCUGCCGCUUGCGGUAGUUCGGCACUUGGCUUCCAGCGGGUUGAUGGGGGACGAGAGCGCGACCAAGGGAAAGAAGGGUGUUGUCAAUAAACCAGCGCCAAAGCGGAUGGUUGAUCACUUUGCUUCCACACUCCGAGCAGUGGAGCGGUACAAGCCGAUUCCGCUGAAGAAGGGUGAGGGCCCGAUGCCCGAAGUGUUCCUCAUCUGGGCGUCGGAGCCUCUCAUCAGCGAGGCGCAAGCUGAGGCUGCUGGGUUGGACUCAAGCGUCAAGGUCACCCGGCUGCUGUUACUACGGUCGCAGGCUGACUUCGGGCCCAACGGCUGGGAGAAGCUGUUCCCGGGGGCAAAGAUGGCCAUAGCGAGGGUGCGCUGCCACCAUUUCAAUAUUGUACAUCCACCAAACGCCGAGAGGCUUGGAAGUUUGUUAAGUGAUGUAGUUCAUCCGGAGGGUGAAGCGGAGUGGCGGAACAGCUGGAAAAGCAAUCAAAAGAGCGAUUGCGAGGUGGGGGUCACAGUGAAUUGA